UUUCAUUGGUCGUCAAACACUCAAAACAAACCAUUAUCAAACACUCAAUCUGUCAGUAUCAUUCAAUACUUCCUUUGUUCCUUAUUUCUUCCAUUUGCCUCUCAUUAUACGCAAUUACUACUCCCUAAUUACAAAUUUAUAAGUUUUUCCUUUACUACAAUUCUCUAAUAAGAAUUGUGUAAGAAAUUAUCAAUAAUGGCGAGGCCGGCUAAAAGAAAAAGAGGAAGGCCCCGUAAAUACCCAGUUCCACAAUAUCCUCCUGAGUUUUUCAAAAUUUAUCUACCAGAACACAACUCUAAGCAAUUGGCAAUACCUCCUGAUUUUAUAAGGAAUUUCAGAGAGAAGACUCCAAAGAAAGUAAUCUUGAAAAACUUAAAAGGGGAAGUUUGGAAUGUGGAUCUGGAAAAGGCAGGAAGCAAGUUACUUAUGAAAAGGGGUUGGGAAGAAUUUGUGACAGGCAAUUCAGUAGCGCGAGGAGAGUUUUUGAUCUUUACAUACAAAGGGAAUUCCGUGUUCAUUGUCAAAAUAUUCAGUAUCAGUGGAUGUUUGAAGGAGGAUGAACCUAUGGGCACCAAUGACCAGCCUCAUGUGACAUUGAAGCAGGAGCCAAACUUUGAUGAAAGUUAUAGCCAUCAUACUGAUGUCUGCUCUGAGAAUACAUAUUUAGAAAGAAGCGCGAAAGUAGAACAGAUGUCUCAAGAUUCGCACAAAGUAAUGACAAGAGGUGUCUCAGAAGGAAACCUUGAUUUAAAGAGGAUACGAUUUACAAGUGUUAACAAGGGAAAGAUAUAUGAAUUGAACAUUCCUGCAGGUAUCUUCACAGAGUACAACAUAGAACGGCCCAAACCAAAUAGACCAGAAAUGGUACUUCUGAAGUACCCGAGAGGGAUUUCACAGACAGUAAAGAUAUGGCGGGAACAUGACUGUGUUCAGAUCACUACUGGGUGGAGAGAAUUUCAGUUGAAGAACAAAUUGACUGAGGGAGAUGAGUGUGAUUUUGAGGUUAGUCUUGGUGAAGGAAGAAAGAUCAAAGAGAUUGAGCUGUUGCAAAUUCGCCGUAGGACACCAAUCACUCGUAUGAUCUAAGAGGAUUCCUAGGCCUAAGAACGAGUGAAUGUAUAUUUGAGAAGCUUAACACAAAGUCGGGCGAACGACGGGAAUUGAACCCGCGCUUUGUUUACGUAUGGACCAAAACUUCAGCAUUUUAGUUUCGAGGAAGCCCCAGUUAAUCUCUGGGAUAAACAAAAUUUGUUUAUCACAUGAUAUUUUGGUAAAUAAAUGAACAACUUUAUCUAGUCAUCAUUAAUGUAGGACCCACUUUUAUGGAAAAAGUUGUUGAUUUAUUUACAAAAUUGCCAUGUGAUAAACAAAUUUUGUGAAUCUCAAAGAUUAACUUGUAUUUACCCUUUAGUUUCUGAUGGAAUAGAAAUAUCAGCACAGGACAUGAAGUUCAGUGAUUAUUUUUCCUGAUAGCAUUCCCAGAAAAUCUGAAAGUAUUAUUACUCAAUACUAGGUUAGUACUCGAGGAUGUAUGAUUUAAUUGAAGCUAUUUUUUCCAAUAAAUUAUUACCCCCUCUCUUUUAGUUUAUAGAUUUGAACCAUUUUUUGUUAGAAAAAAAUGGUCAAAGUGUAAAGAUUAAAAAGAGACGGAAGGAGUAUAAACUAUUACUUCCGUAGUUGAUUAUGCUUCUUUGGUUGAA